AUGGAGAAAAGUGCAAACGAGUUGUUUGCUAUGAUCAAAACUGCGGAAGUUGGGAUGAAUAAGAACAAAGAAGUGUUGAUGGUCAACAAUACUACCAGUUUCAAGAAGAAGGGAAAGUCCAAGAAGAUAUCUACUGGUGCCGGUAAGACCGUCUAUCAUAAGAAGAACAAGGACAGAGCCACUAAGGAGACUGAAUGUUUCUACUACAAACAGAAGGGUCGCUCGAAGCGUGACUGCAAGAAGUACUUGGCGGAUAAGAAGAAUGGUUCUUCCGGUAAAGGGACUACAGAAAUAUCACAAGUUGAGAAGAAAUAA